UUCUACUCAUCAAUUAAUAAUAUGUCUUCUCUUGGACUAGUAAUGUUUAUUUUAUCUUGUGCAAUAUUCCAAGCCUUUCCAGUUUCUAGUUCCAAUAAUUAUGGUGGUCUAUUCCCAGAGUUGUACCAAAUCUCAUGUCCCCAAGCAAAUGAAAUUGUAAUGUCUGUUUUAGAAGAGGCCAUUUCUAAAGAUCCAAGAAUGGCUGCUUCUUUGCUUAGACUUCAUUUCCAUGAUUGCUUCGUUCAGGGUUGUGAUGCAUCGAUUUUAUUGGAUAAAAAUAGUGCAUUCAAAAGUGAAAAGGAAGCAGGACCAAACAAGAAUUCUCUAAGGGGAUAUGAAGUAAUUGAUGAAAUCAAAGCUAAAUUAGAACAAGUUUGUCCUCACACCGUCUCUUGUGCUGACAUUCUAGCCCUUGCUGCUCGUGACUCUGUUGUCCUAAGUGGUGGACCAUAUUGGGAAGUACCACUAGGAAGAAGAGACUCAAAGACAGCAAAUUUCAACAAAGCAAAUAUAAAUAUUCCAGCACCAAACUCAACAAUCCAAAAUCUCAUAAACCUCUUCAAUAAACAAGGUCUUAAUGAACAAGACCUUGUUGCUCUUUCUGGAGGGCACACUAUAGGUAUGGCAAGAUGUGUGUCAUUUAAACAAAGGUUAUAUAAUCAAAAAGGUGACAAUUUACCAGAUGUAACUCUAGAGAAAACUUACUACAAUGGAUUAAAAUCAAUUUGUCCAACAAGUGGUGGAGACAAUAAUAUUUCUCCUCUAGAUGUUGCAUCACCAGUUAGAUUUGAUAACACAUAUUUCAAAUUAUUGUUAUGGGGCAAAGGUCUUUUGAACUCAGAUGAAGUGCUUCUAACUGGAAAUGUAAAAAAGACUAAGGAAUUGGUGAAGAGUUAUGCUGAAAAUGAGGCUAUUUUUUUCAGUCAUUUUGCUAAGUCUAUGGUGAAAAUGGGAAAUAUUAAUCCUCUGACUGAGUUGAAGGGUGAAAUUAGAAAAAACUGUCGCAGAAUUAACUGAAAAUUUUAGUUAUUUACUUAUGUAUUAAUCAUGAAUUGAAUGCUCAUGUUUGGAACCAUGGAUUAUGAAUUUGUAAGAUGUUUAUUGUUGUUGUAAAAUGUUUUAUGCUAAAGUGGCUUAUUUA